AUGAAAACAUAAAUUUAAAAGGACUUAAUUGAUCAAUAUAUACAAAUGGGUUUCUCAUUCGAAUUAAUUAAUAUGGCAUGGGAAGUUAUUAAUUAAGAAUCUGAUAUGAUGGACACACUUAUCACUUUAUCAAAUUAAAAUUAAAAAAUGCAGUCUAAUAAUGUAUUAUUUUUGAAUAUUUUCAUAAGAAAUAAGAUGAAGAAAUGCAAUUAGAAUAAGCAUUACUUGAUUCAUAUAAAAUUAAUUAAUAGGCAGCUACUUAAUCAUUUGAAAUUGUAUCACCUGAAUAAAGAAAAAGACUCGAUGGAAUUCCUUGUGGAUUAAAAAAUUUAGGCAAUACUUGUUAUUUUAAUUCUUUACUAUAGACAUAUUUCUUUGAUAGUUAAUUUGUAAAGACAAUAAUUACAUUCUAACCUCAUUAAUAAAUUGAAUAAGGAAAUAAAAGUAAAUCUAUUUAAUUAGUCUAAAAUUUAUAAAAUCUCUUCAUAAGUAUGAUAGGAAGUGAUAAAAAAUAUGUUGAUCCUUCUGAGGUUGUUAAAAGUAUCUGUGAUGAAUUUGGAAAUGUUCUUCCUAUUGGAGAUUAAAAAGAUGUUGGAGAAUUCAAUCAAUAUUUCUUAAAUAGAAUUACAGAAGCACUUACCUAAAAUGAUUAAUAACACAAUAACAAAAUUGAAGACAAUUUCGUUGAAUCUUCUUUAUCUUCAAUUCUUAAAUCAAAAUCAUUUCACAUUAAUGAUGAUGAUAUUGCCUCUAAAUUAUUUUUAUGCAAAGUUUUUCAUCAAUUUUAAUUUGAACAAGCAGAUAUUUAACAAACUACAGAAUCUACUGAACUUUUUAAUUUUAUUCCACUUGAUUUAAAAGAUGGAAAUUUAUAUGAUAGUUUUGAUAGUUUUGUUGUUAAUUAUAUAGAUGAUUACAAAAAUGAAUUCAAUUAAACUGUUCAAGCAGUCAAAUAUAAUUGGAUAUAUUCACCACCAUAAAAAUUAUCAUUUCAAAUUCAAAGAGUUAAUUAUUGCAAAGAAAAAAGUAAAAUCUAAAAGAAUAUUUAGAUGAUUUAAUUAAAUAAAAUGACGAAUUUUUUUUUGAUGAAGAAAUUUAUUUAGAUCGCUUUUUAAUGGAAAAUAGAAAAUAAUAUUUAGAAAUUAGAAACUAAAAUAAAGAAUUAAAAACUAAAUAAAAGAAGAUUAAAAUAGAUCAAUAAUAGUUAACUAAAUUUAAUGAUUAACAUGAUCUAUAAGAUGUGUUAACUAAUACCAUUAAAUUCUUAGAAAUGCAGAAUUAAGAAAAUAUAGAUCAUGCUGCUAAUUUUGGAUAGUCAAAUUAAUAAACAACCAUAGAAUAAUUAUAAUAAUACUAACAAAAAGUAUAGAGAAAAAAAUAAAUACUUUAAAAAUAAUAUACUGAGCUUGAAAAUAAAAUUUAAGCUAGUUAUAAUGAUUUAAAAAAACAUAAAUAUCUUCUCUAAUCUAUUUUAAUACAUGAUGGAUAAGCAAGUAAAUUAUAUAUACUGAUAAAUAGAUUCUGGACAUUAUUAUAGUUACAUUAGAGAUUUUCAUCUUGAAAAAUGGUUUAAAUUCAAUGAUGCUCAUGUAGGAAUAGAAACAAAAGAAAAAGUAUUUUAAGAUGCUUUUGGUAUGAAAACAGGAGUUAAUGCAUAUUUAUUAAUUUAUGCUAGAAUAGAUAUUCUGAAAUAAGAAUUAGAAUAUCCUAUGAGAACUUAUAGAAUUAGCUCAGAAAAGGGAUAUUUAAAUGAUAAAUAUGGAAGUUUUUUAAAUUAUAUGCAAAGAGAAUAAUUAGCAAAAGAAAAUUAAUUAUUUUAAAAUGAAAUAGAGGAUUAUAAAUCUUAAAGAAUUAUAGAUAAAUUAAUUGAGUCAUACUAAAUAAGAUUUGAAUUUAUAAACGAGCAAUAUCGUAUUAUAUCAAAUUCAGUGCAAUCAGAAAUUUACAAACCGCUGAUUACAUUGAAUUUUCCAAUUUUUAUUAAAAGUUAAAUUGGUUAAAAUAAUUAUGAUAAUAUAUUAAAGUGGGCUAUUUUAGAUUCAGCAUUGAGAGAAGUAAAUCAAGAUAAAUCAGGGAUUUUUGGGGAAUAAAUUAAUGAACAUGUAAAUAAAAAGUAUUAUUGAUAGUUUUAAAAUCUUAUAAUGGCAAAAUUUAAGACAUAAUUUAAUGAAUAUAAAAGACCAACAGCAUUUUUGAGUCAUUAAGAAUAGAAUGAUUUUCAUAAACUAUCUUAAGAUUAUAUCUAAUAUGUUGCUAUGGGUUCUUUAAUGGCAAUUUUAUUAGAUUUAUUAUUAAAUAGAGAGUUUUCAAUUGUUCUAUCAGUGCUACAUCAUUUUUCUUAAAUGGCAAAAUAAUUAGAUUAGCUAAAUUAUUUUUAUAAAAUGGCAAAUAAUUUUUAAAAAUUAAUUCCAAUUAUAAUAAUUUGUAAAAUGAUUCCUAUUUAAGCAGAAGUGAAUUUAGAAGAAUUAUUAUUACUUUAAGCUUAUUUAUCAUUUUAGCAUUUUAAAGUUGACAAUUAAAGUUUUUGGGAAACUUAAAUUUCAAUAAUGAUGAAUGCAAUUUUUGAGAAUCAUAAUGAACCUUAUAUAUAGGAAAUAAUAUCAAAAUUUGAAAAUAAUGUCAAAGAUCCAAUAUAUAUAAAUAAGAUAACAGAAAUUAAUGAUGUAAAUAUUGAAUAUAAUAAAAAAUAGACAAUAAGUCUAUAGUAAACAGAAUUAAGUGCUAAUUAUGAUAUAUACAAUUGGUCUCCUCAUAUGAAACAUGACAUUAUAUUUGAUAAAUUAAUCAACGGUUGGAAAAAUUUGAAAGAAUAAUUUUAAGUAAAAUAGAAUUUAAAUGUAGCCAUUUAUAAAAGUAUAGAAGGCUCAUAAAUAAUCCCCUAAUUUAUUGAUGAAAUAAGAGUUAGAAAAUCUAAUUUGUUGA